CACGAGGAAUACAAGGAUUAGGUUAAUAAAUCUAGAAAUUGAUGCAUUGCUGAAGGAGUUGAUAAGGUCAUACCAUCUAUUUCACUUAUUUGCACAAAUUGCACUCAUUUCCACUGUGUUUCUUGCUGCAGGAGCACCAGUUAAGGUCAGAAGACCUGGUGAUUACACCCCGUCACUGGUUGCUACUCUUGGCCCAAGCCAACCUAAUCCCAACCUGGACCUUGCUGCUGUUGGUUUGACACUAGGCUCCGCUGGUGGGCUUGAGGGUCCUGACCGUAUCUUUGUGGGUGGGCUUCCCUAUUACUUCACAGAGUCAUGUUCGCUUCGCCUAAGGUCCUCAAGGCGACGCAUCCUCGCUUCGCCUCAAGGCGAGCUUUUCAAAACACUGCUUUGGGGUUUUGAUCUGGUGAAAGAUAGAGAAACCGAAAACUCAAAAGGUUAUGCGUUCUGUGUCUAUAAGGAUAUGUCGGUCACAGAUGUUGCCUGUGCAGCUCUUAAUGGUAUAAAGAUGGGUGACAAAACUCUUACUGCGCAGCAACAAAUAGCCCUGCAGAGACUCGUGUUACAACCUGGUGCAUUGGCUACUAAAGUUUUAUGCUUAAGUUAUGUGGUUACUGCGGAUGAGCUCAAAGAUGAUGAGGAUUACGAUGAUAUAUUGGAAAAUAUGAGAACAGAAUGUGGAAAAUUUGGUACUUUAGUUAAUGUGGUCAUUCCGCGGCCAAAUCUGAAUGGGGAAACUGCACCCGGAGUUGGAAAGGUGUUUUUAGAGUAUGGAGAUGUUGAGACCUCUACUAAAGCUCGAUCGGGGCUGAACGGAAGAAAAUUUGGCGGGAGUCAAGUUUUGGCUGUAUUCUAUCCAAAGAAGAACAAGUUCUCUGAGGGGGAUUAUGAUGGCCAGUUGUUGUCCGCUCUGCUUAAUGUCUUAUAA